AUGAGCGGACAGGCUGCGAGUUACUAUAAUCCCAGCCAGUCGUAUGGCGACCCCCAACCGGGGAUACAAAAUCACCAGCAACAGCCUCAUUACUACAACAAUAAUGUGGCCAAUAAUGGGUACGACCCAAACUAUCAAUGCGGACCUGAGCCCAAGCCUCCAACGGAGCCACCACCAACGUACAAUCAGGCCGUCUACGGGUUUGACGACGCAUUCAAGAUCGAGAGACCCAAGUACCACGAUAUCUGGGCCGGUCUACUCUUCAUCGCCGUCUUCCUGGGAUAUGUCGCGGUCUCUGGCGUAACCAUCCAUCGAUACGCCAAAUACAAAGGCUUCAACGGUGAUGGCAUUUACGACUCGUCCAACAGCUUUUCUCUCGACACGAAUACGCUUGUUCUGUUCAUUUUCGUGCUCUGUGUGGCGCUCGCUUUUUCGUACGCGUACUUUCUCGGGGCGCGCUACUUCUCGAAGUUGUUCAUCUGGGUUACUGGGAUUCUCAAUAUCGUGUUUGCACUGGCGACUGGCAUCUACUAUAUCGCGCGGAAACAGUACGGCGGGGGCAUCGUGUUCCUCCUCUUUGGCGUCUUUGCGAUCGUCUGCUUCAUCAGCUGGAUCCCGCGUAUCCCGUUCAGCGCAUUCAUGCUCCAGACUUCCAUUGACGUGUCUCGGAAGUACGGCCAUAUGUUUAUCGUGAGCACGAUUGGCGGUCUCGUGGCUGUGGCAUUUGCUGCGUGGUUUUCAGUAACCCUGGUCUCGAUAUAUGUGGCAUAUGAGCCGAGCAGCUCCGGCACUAACCCCUCCUGCAGCGACGGCGGAUGUAGCAGGGCCCGAGUCAUCGGGCUAGUCGUAUACGUCACGUUCGCCAUGUACUGGUUCAGCGAGUGGUUGAAGAAUACGAUUCAUACCACCAUCGCGGGUGUCUACGGGUCCUGGUACUUCUGGAGCCAGUCGCCGAAUGGCAUGCCCAGGGGACCAACGCGGGGCGCGUUCAGGCGCGCAACCACAUACUCGUUCGGCAGCGUCAGUUUCGGAAGUUUGAUCAUCGCGAUUAUCAAUAUGCUGCGGCAGGCGUGCUCCGUUGCGCAGCGGAACGAGGCUGCAGAGGGGAGCAUUGUGGGGAGUAUCAUGUUUUGGAUUCUCGGAUGCUUCAUCGCCGUCCUCGACUGGCUUGUCACGCUGUUCAACCGCUACGCUUUCUGUCACAUCGCCCUGUACGGGAAGGCAUAUAUCCCCGCGGCCAAGGAUACGUGGACCAUGAUGCGAGACCGCGGCAUCGACGCACUCGUCAACGAUUGUCUCAUCGGGCCUGUGAUCACCAUGGGCUCAGUGUUUGUGUCGUACGUCUGCGCCUUGCUGGCGUAUCUGUAUCUGCAAUUCACCAAGCCGAGCUACAACGCCGAUGGAAACUUCACGGCUGUCAUCAUGGCCUUCGCCUUCGUCAUCGGCCUGCAGAUCUGUCAAAUCUUCAUGACUCCCGUCAGCAGCGGGAUCGAAACCAUCUUCGUGGCCAUGGGCUGGGACCCGCAGGUCAUGAUCCGCGAUCACCCGGAUCUGUACUAUCGGAUGGUACAGGUAUAUCCUCGCGUGCAGCAGGCGAUCCAGCCGUCUGCCUAG